AUGGACCUUCAUGCACAAAUAAGAUAUUUUUCGUUCAAUGUGAAUGGAGCAAAAACGUUAUUCAACUAUCAUCCAUGGAACCAGCUCCAAGGAAACUUCAAUGCAUUUCUUAGGGCCGUAGAUGCGGACAUUAUCUCACUCCAAGAGCUAAAAAUUCAACUGGACACAGUCACACAGUUUGGCCUCAACAAGGACUAUAGAUCCUUCAUUCUGAUCCCAAAAUUUAAGAAAGGCUACAGUGGGGUCGGUCUUUACGUGCGGCUUCCUCAGCAAGAUGAGUCUCCCCAAGUACAACAGGCUCUCACUGUGGUGGGGGCCGAGGAAGGAAUAACCGGCAGGUUGAAGGACAAAAUAGAAGGUGUGCCCUAUAUGAAUCUUCCAAAAGAACAGUCGAUUGGAGGCUAUCUAUUGGCAGAGGACAUUGCACAACUCGAAUUGACUGAGCAGGACAUGCUUAAUCUUGACUCUGAAGGCAGAUGUGUCAUUGCUGAACUAGCAAACAAUACCAUAGUUGUCUCUCUAUAUUGCCCUGCAAACUCAAUGGGUACUCCUGAGGGCCAGAGCUUUCGCUUGAAUUUUCUCGAGGUGAUGUUUCGAAGAUGUGCUAAUCUAGAAGCCCUAGGCAAGAAGGUAGUUGUGAUGGGGGACAUCAACGUCAGUCCCGAUCUUAUAGAUAGCGCAGAAACUAUCAAUGAACUCAUAAAGAAAAAAGCUGUGGUCAAUAACUUGAUUGAAGGGGGCUCCGAAUUCGAGAUGGUGAAUCGGGAGGCGUGUUUGAGCUUCCACUCGUCCACCUUGCACAGAUCUUUACUACACAAAUACAUUUUUCCUUCUUUGGAAGGGGCCCCGAAUUGCAAAACCCAGUUUUUAUUUGAUACCACCAGGGUUGUCAAGAAACGAGAGCUUGCCUUAUACACUGUUUGGAACACAAUGACGAAUUCGCGACAAUCGAAUUUUGGCUCUAGAAUUGAUCUCAUUCUUAUUAGUAGCGAAGAGGACUUGCGGCAAAUUAAAAGGGCCGAGUUACUAUCGUUCUUACACGGCUCAGACCACUGUCCCAUAUUGACAGAUCUAUGUGUUGCCCACCAGGAACUUCAUCCCAUAAAACGAGUCAAUAAUCUAUCAUUCGAGGCAAAGAAGUUUUACAAUCUAGUGAGGCACCGUGAUAUUUCAACCUUGUUCUCCACAGCAGCUAUUAAGCGAUCAUCUGACUCAAAAUUUUUGGAUACUUCUGAUACCUCCGAGGCGGAAAUAAUGAACAAAUCUGAAUUUCAAACUCAUGCAAAAAAGAAAAAACCACCCGCGUCUAAAAAAUUAUACUCUGGGAGAAAAGCUGCAACUUCAAACAUGUCGCAGCAGCCAAUUCAAAACUUCUUUUUUCAAGUGAGACCUGACAACUUACGACAUGCCCCGCAAGAUCCGGGCCCUCAAGAAACCAAGCCACUUGAAAUAAAAAAGUCAGAAGCUGUAGACGUUAUUUCGCAAUUUGCAAACCUUGUUUAUGAUAAUCCUCCACUUUGCCAUCACAACGAGAAGUGCAUUCUAAAAACGAGCAAAACGCAAUUUAGUAGGGGCAAGAAGUUUUGGUGCUGUGCACGAGCUUCCAAAGGUUCCAUUGAACUUGGCGAUCACAGAUGCAACUUCUUUGAGUGGACAAAAAAGCCCACAGAUUCACUAAAUUGA